AUUUUUGUGACCUCGUAGAGGACUUCUACUACUAGCUUUGCUGGCAAACAAUUCAAGCUGGUUCUCCUAAGUGGACAAAAGCAGGUGUUUGCAUAACAGAAGAUGGAAGACACUGAGGAUUUUGUGGGUCAGGGGCCACAUCCAGUUGACGAUGAUGUAUUUAAAGAACCAAUGAAAAAAAGAAGACGUUCAGAUAGAGACCAGAGGUUCCGAGCAUUUCCCUCCAUGGAACAAAGUGCUCUUAAAGAAUAUGAAAAAUUGGAGUCACGGACCAGAAGGGUUUUGAGCAACACGUAUCAGAAACUUAUUCAGUCUGUCUUCCUGGAUGACAGCAUUCCUAAUGGAGUCAAGUAUCUCAUAAACAGGCUUCUUGCCUUGAUUGAAAAACCGUCAUUGGACCCAAUCUACAUUGGAUUAUUUGGAAGCACGGGGGCUGGGAAGAGCUCCCUGAUCAAUGCCAUCAUCCAGCAAGCAAUGUUUCUACCAGUAUCUGGAGAAAGUAUAUGUACCUCAUGUAUUGUACAAGUGAGCUCGGGCUGCUGUGAGCAGUAUGAGGCCAAAAUCCACCUUCUCUCUGACCAGGAGUGGAAGGAAGAGCUGAAGAACUUGACUAAACUCCUGCACAGGACAGAGGAACUAGACAGAGAAGAGGCAGACGCGUGGGACAGGGAUGAUGCCGUGGAGGAAGCCAUCUGGAAGCUACAAAUGUUUUAUGGAAAUGGAGCAGAAAGAAAGAACUAUGAAGAGUUACUAAGGGCAAAGCCUAAAGGAAAGAUUCCCACCUCCAGAAUCAUCACCCUCAAGGCAGAAGAGGCAGGAGAGCUGUCUGUCAAGCUGGACCCCUACAUCCGGACUCAGAGGAGAGACCUGGAUGGAGAGUCAGCCGAGACACAAAUCUGGCCCUUGAUCAAACAUGUGGAAGUGACUCUUCCCAAAUCAGAGCUGAUUCCAGAAGGCGUUGUACUCGUAGACAUUCCAGGCACAGGUGACUUCAACAGCAAGAGGGAUGAGAUGUGGAAAAAGACCAUUGAUAAAUGCUCAGUGAUCUGGGUGAUCAGUGACAUCGAAAGAGUUUCUGGAGGGAGAGCCCAUGCAGACCUUCUGAAUGAGAGCAUCAAAGCCUGCCAAAGGGGCUUCUGCCGGGACGUUGCCCUGGUGGUCACUAAGACCGACAAACUCCACCUGCCGGAAUAUCUAAGGGAAAGAAAAGUGGGAAAUCGAGCUAUUUCAAGUCAGCGGGAGGCUGUUCUAGAAAGAAAUGAAAUGAUAAAACUACAAUGGAAUAGAAUUCUCAAGGAAAAACUCCAGAGAAAACUGCCUGCUGACUCCAAGGUUCUGGAGGCUUCCGAUCUGGUGUACACAGUCAGCGCCCAGGAGUACUGGCAGCAGGCUCUCCUCACUGAGGAGGAAACUGAAAUCCCCAGGUUAAGAGGCUAUAUCAGGAAAAGACUCCUGGACAAGAAGAGGAGGAUGGUGACCAAGUAUGUGACUGAAGCCUUUGGUUUAUUGCUCCUCACAGACAGUUUCAACUGCACGGAAAACCUGCCGAACGAAUACUUGCACAUGAGUGGACUGCGGAGAUUUGUGGAAGAGAAGAUACAGCUGCUGGAGAAGGCCAUUGACCAGUGCUUUGCCCACAUAGAGCAGCCUCUGCAAGAAGGAGUCCAAAAUGCCAGGACUUCCUACCGACGGAUCCUUGGGGCAUGCCUGGUGAGGAGUAGAGGAAACCAGGGCUUUCACCAGACUCUGAAAGCUGUUUGCCUGAAGAAUGGCAUCUAUGCCUCCCGGACCCUCGCAAGAAUAGAUCUGAACGAAGCCAUCACUCAGCCCAUCUAUGACCAGAUCGAUCCCGUUUUUGGAGGCAUUUUUAGGACUGGAAAGCCCACUGGCUCCACUUUGCUGCCUCACAUAGAAGCUUUUAAGGACUCUCUGCAGGAGAAAAUGAUGGAGAUUGGAGUAAGAAAUGGCUGGAAAUAUGAUAGCUACAAAAAAAGUUUCCUGAUCCAGGAGAUAAGCGCCAUCCUGGGAGGCCUGGAGGAUUACAUCCUCAGAAAGAAGAGGAGGAUCUAUGAGUCUCUCACCACCUCUGUCCAGAAUGACCUGAAGCCCUGUUAUGAAGAGGCAGCUCAGAUCGCUGGCAAAAAAGCGUGUGAGAGAAUGAAAGAUGUCAUCAGAAGAGGGGUGGACCGGCAGGUCGACGAGGGCAUGUUUGAAAGGGCUCAAGAAAGGAUGCAGCACCAAUUUCAGCAACUGAAGAAUGGAAUCACGGAGAAGGUGAAGGGCAGUAUUGCCACCAUGCUGACCCUUGCUUCAUCCCAGGGGGAUGGUCUCUACAAGGAGCUUGCAGAUGUCAAAAGUGAAUACAAGGAGAUGGAAAAGCUACACAGAAGCCUGAGGGAGGUUGCUGAGAAUGCAGUACUGCGGAGGGGCAUGCAAGAUUUCCUUCUGAGAAUGUCCCCGAGCAAAGCUGUUCCCCCCAAAGCAUAAAUUUAAUUCUUAGGGCUUAGAACCAAGUAGAUAAAAAACAAGCCUGAUGCCAAAGAACCAGAAUCACUUUUGUUUUUAAAAAUCUAAUAAAGAACAUCUUCCAACCGUUUGGACUUUAUAUACAAUAUAAAAUUCAAAAUAUUGUUACUUCUGGCAUCAGCUGACUGCUGAGCAACAUCAUUUCAUUUUUAUUUGAUAGCCAAAAAGAGUCAUCUUGAGUCCCUAAUGGAGUUCUAAAGUUUUAGGGAUAAGAAACUCAUGCUUCAGCAAAGAAAAAUAUC